UAAAAUUAUCCUGCACACAACGAAUCCAGUGUCAGCAGUUCGUUUUGUUUUUCUAAGUAAUAAUACUUUGUGCCUUGGCCUUCGAAGUAAAGGAUGAUGGAGCUUGACAGAGAUGACUGCCAAAGUGAUGAGUCCACCGUGGAAGAUGUAGAUGACGCCACGUAUUCACUUGGUGACCUGAGUUGUGGGGAUGUUCAGCUGUGGGCUACAGAUCGAUGUAAGAGUGGUAGUGCCAUCAUGGUGUACAGGCCUAUGGAAGGUGCAGUGAUCCAUGGAAUUUGCAAACUGCUGACAAUGAGACAGGCGAGUGUUACUGAGGCGACGGAGUCAUUCCUGCAUGUUAUUAUGACACGGUUACACAAGGCAUCAGGUACUGCAAAUCUGCUACGCCAGGAAGUGUGCCAGCUGAAGGCAUGCAAGGGUGCUGAUAUUUCGCAAGCAUGGCAACAAAUGCUGUCCGUCAUCGCAACAGCUAUUCCCGAAGUGAAAAUCAAUUGUGAAGAUUUGGAAGUUACAUCUGCAGUGCUAGCGAAUCUGAUAAGCUACCUGCAUGCCACGGCUGCCGCUGCUAUCAGGAAAGCGUCAAUAGCACCAUCCAAAGCUGCUGAAGCCAUCCCCGAACCGGUGAUUGACAAUUUGUCUCACCUUGCUGAAAAGUACCAUGGUGGUUGGUGCUUGGUGGCCGUGCGGCGUGAGCUGGAAGGAGCAAGGUGUCGCAACGACAACUUGCUGCAGCUUAUACCUUUAUUUGGCAAGGAUGCCGUGACAAGCCUUCAGCCUUGUUUGGAGAAUUCAGGUGGCCCGGCGUGGCUCGGAAGCUCUGUAUAAGACACCAUACGUCACAGAUAAAAACAACUGAACCAGUGAUA